AUGAACUUUAUUACAAAACAAGUUGAAAAGAAAAUAGGUGUUGACCUCAAUGGCGAUGGAGUUAUCGGCUCUGGUUACAGACAUGGACAUGGUGGUGGAGGUGGUCUAUUAAAUCAAAUAGAAAGAGCUACUCAUAUGGAUCUCAAUGGAGAUGGACGAAUAGGUGGUGGAGUUCCACAUUACAAUCAGUAUGGCGCUCCUGGUGGUUAUCCUCCACAAUACAAUCAAUAUGGAGCUCCACCUUGCCAACCAAACUAUGGUCCAUAUGGUGGACCUGGAUAUGGCCCACAAUAUAAUCAAUAUGGUGCUGCGCCUUGUCCGCCACCAUAUAAUCAAUACGGCGCACCUGGUUAUGGACCAGCUCCACAUCAAGGCGGUGCCGGUGGUGGCUUAAUUAAUCAAUUGGAGAAAGUGACAGGUAUGGAUCUCAAUGGAGAUGGACGCAUCGGUGGGCACGGUUAUGGCGGACAGUAUAAUCCGUAUGGUCGUCAUUAUUAA